AUGGCCCGAUCUGAAUUCAAUACUUUCGACACCGUGGAGUACAUCUGGCAGCAGCUUGCACUGCCACGCGAAGCUCUGCAGUCAUGCAAUCUCGAAGAGGCUGGUCACAUCUUGCCGUCUUCUUUCAAGAUUGGCCACCUUGGACAAGCAUCCAUUGCACUGUCAGGGCUCGCUGCGGCUUUGGUGGACUCGCAUCACAAUAAGACUUCAGUGAGGAACAUCAGUGGUUCAGCUCAGCAUGCUGCUGUUGAGUUUGCUUCUGAGCGAUUGUACUCUGUCAACGGUCAGCCAGCAUCCAGCAGUUGGGGACCUAUCGGAGGUCUUCACAAGACGAAAGAUGGAUAUGUGCGGAUGCAUGAUUCGUUUAUCAAUCACAGGCUUGCUGCGCUGAAGAUUCUUGGUCUUAGAGGUGAUGCAUCGAAGGAAGAAGUAGCAAGAAAGAUCCUUGAAUGGAAAGCGCUGGAGUUGGAGAAAGAAGCAAUGAAAAAUAAGGCCGUGAUAUAUGCGCUCCGAUCCUACGAGGAAUGGGAUGUUCUACCACAAGCCCAGGCAGUGCCAGAAUUCCCGAUAAGCAUUCGCAAAAUUAGUGACGAAGGAUCGAGUGGUGUACCGAAGCAUAUGCCUUUGAAAGCCGACAAGUGCUUGCGAGGGUUAAGAGUUCUUGAAUUCUCCCGCGUGAUCGCUGCCCCAGUCGCAGGAAAGACUUUGGCUGCUCAUGGCGCCGAUGUUUUGUGGAUCACUUCGCCAAACCUCCCAUCGCUUUCAACCUUGGACAUAGACGUCAGUCGAGGAAAACGGACAAUUCAGCUCGAUCUUAACGAGACCAGAGAUGUGGAAACAUUGAAGCAUCUCGUGAAGGAUGCCGACGUCUUCCUCCAAUCCUAUCGCCCUGGCUCUUUCUCUGCCCGAGGCUUUGGACCAAUUGAACUCGCACGGACGAGACCCGGAAUUAUCUGCGCUAAUCUAUCUGCCUGGGGCAACGAGGGACUCUGGAGUGAGAAUCGAGGCUUCGACAGUAUCGUGCAAACCGUGUCGGGAAUGAACGUCAGCGAAGCAAAACAUUUCGAUCCAUCGAACUCCACCCCUGCGAAAGCAAUGCCGGUUCAAGCACUUGAUCACGCAGCUGGGUAUCUUCUUGCUACGGGUAUCUCGGCUGCGGUAUACAAGAGAGCAUUAGAGGGUGGUAGCUGGGAGGUCAAUGUUAGUCUGGCUGAUGUUAUGAAGUACUCGCGGAGCCUCGGGCAGUUGAAUGGAAGAGACGGAUUUGAAGGCGAUGUGGCAAUGCCAGAGCAGCUUGUCGCUGAGGAGAUGCUAGAAGAGCGAGAUUGUAAUUUUGGAGCGCUGAAGGCGGUCAGGCAUUCUGUUACUGUCGAAGGGAAGACAGUCGGCUGGGAUGUCAUGCCGAAAGAGUUGGGUGGCGAUGAAGCAGAGUGGCUAUGA